AUGCCUAACCGCAGGGCCAGUCGCAAUUCCUACUAUUUCUUCGUGCAGGAGAAGAUCCCCGAACUACGGCGGAGAGGCCUGCCCGUGGCUCACGUCGCUGACGCCAUCCCCUACUGUUCCGCUGACUGGGCGCUCCUGAGGGAGGAGGAAAAGAAGAAAUAUGCAGAAAUGGCUCGAGAGUGGAGGGCUGCCCAGGGGAAGAACUCUGGGCCUUCGGAGAAGCAGAAACCUGUUUCCACCCCACUGAGGAGGCCAGGCAUGCUUGUACCAAAGCAGAAUGUUUCACCCCUGGAUAUGUCAGGCUUGUCUCUAAAAAGUGAUCAAGCUGUCCUUGGAGGCAUUUUUUAUUUUUUGAACAUUUUUAGCCAUGGCGAGCUACCUCCUCACUGUGAACAGCGCUUCCUCCCUUGUGAAAUAGGCUGUGUUAAAUAUUCUCUCCAAGAAGGUAUUAUGGCAGAUUUCCACAGCUUUAUAAAUCCUGGUGAAAUUCCACGAGGAUUUCGGUUUCAUUGUCAGGCUGCAAGUGAUUCUAGUCACAAGAUUCCUAUUUCAAACUUUGAAUCUGGGCAUGACCAAGCAAUGGUGUUACAAAACCUUUAUAGAUUCAUUCAUCCAAAUCCAGGGAACUGGCCACCUGUCUACUGCAAGUCUGAUGAUAGAGCCAGAGUCAACUGGUGUUUGAAGCAUAUGGAGAAGUCAUCAGAAAUCAGGCAAGAUCUAGAACUUCUCACUGUAGAGGAUCUUGUAGUAGGGAUCUACCAGCAAAAAUUUCUCAAGGAGCCCUCUAAGACCUGGGUUCGGAGCUUCCUAGAUGUGGCCAUGUGGGAUUAUUCUAGCAACACAAGGUGCAAGUGGCAUGAAGAAAAUGAUAUUGUCCUCUGUGCUUUAGCUGUUUGCAAGAAAAUUGCAUACUGCAUCAGUAAUUCUCUGGCCACUCUCUUUGGAAUCCAGCUCACAGAGGCUCAUGUACCACUUCAAGAUUAUGAGGCCAGCAAUAGUGUGACACCCAAAAUGGUUGUAUUGGAUGCAGGGCGUUACCAGAAGCUAAGGGUUCAGAGUCCAGGAUUCUCUCAUUUCAGCUCUUCUAAUCAGGAACAGAGAUCAAACACACCCACUGGUGACUCCCCAUCUGGGGUGAAAACAUCUGGCCAAAACAGCAGUGUUCGGGGAAGAGGGAUUACCCGCUUACUAGAGAGCAUCUCCAAUUCCUCCAGCAAUAUCCACAAAUUCUGCAACUGUGAGACUUCACUCUCACCUUACAUGUCCCAAAAAGAUGGAUCCAAAUCUUUCUCUUCCUUAUCUUAA